AUGUCUAUUUACAAAGAAGUAAAAUCAAUCCAAGGAAGAAUUGAGGAGUAUGUAGAGGGUGAAAAUAGAAACCAUUUGCAGGAUUUGGCAAUGGUGAAACUAUUAAUGAUGUUAUACAAUAUAGUAUUGAACCAAAAGGGAAAGAUAGUGGCAGAAACUGUUAAAUUUGUGGACGAGUUAUGUGGGAAAACCAACGGUAUUAUACAAAAGACUGCAUUCGAUGUCCUCAGAGAACUUGUUAACAAAAAAGAGGGUUUCAAUAAUAUCAGGGAACAAGUCAACCGGGUUACGUCUAAUAACAAUCAUAUAGUGGUAGGAAGCCAAAUGGAAGAAGAAAGUUGCAGAAGAGAAGCUGAAUAUAAUUUACGAAUGAGUUUACUGCAACAGGAACACGAGGAAAAAAUGAGGGAAACUUUGGAGGUAAUGAAACAGAAGCAGAAACAGAGUGAUGUCCAAAUUAAGACCAAGGGAGAAAAAUUGGAAAAGGAGAAGGAGUUGGACAUCCAAAUUGCGAAUAUGAGCAAAGAGCAAAAAGAGAGAGAGGAAAAGGCUCGUGAAGCUAAAAAUGAAGAGAUGGAAAGGAAACGCAAGAGGGAAGAAGAGGAAGACAAAAUAUCUGAAGAAGAUGCGAAACAAAUCGAUGAGAUGUUGUUAGAAUCAGAGGACGAUUUAGAAGACAUGAUUUUGCAAAUAGAACAAAAUUUAUUCAAUAUAUAG